ACCUAAGGUAUCUCCAGGAGAGUGGACAGCUCCCUUUAGGGAAAAUAAAAGAAAAUGCAACAGUUAAACCUUACUGACAACCUCAUGAGGUUCAUUGACCAAUACAGGAAAUCCCCCUGUUUAUGGGACGCAAGAAAUCCAUAUUAUAGAAAUCGAAAUGUGAGGAAGGCAACACUUGUCAAAUUUGCCAAAUAUAUGCAGACCUGGAUACCUGAGGUCACUUCCACCGUGAUCAAGAUCAAAAUCAACAAUCUCAGGCUUACGUACAUGGAGAGAUAUCUUCAAGUGCAGGCCUCUCGGUGGUCAGGAGCAGCAGAAGAUGAAGUAAAGGAGCCCGAGCUGUGGUACUUCAAUUACCUGCGGUUUCUGGAUGAUCAGUUUAAGCCCCGGGAAUCGCUUUCAAGUCUUCCUUCCAGAGUGCCUUCCACGGUUCCCCCCACCCCUGCAGAGUGUGACGAGGAGCCAGAUCUGCGCAUCUUCAGUGAGGAAGAGAUAAGCCAGGAGGCGGCAGCUCCGGAAGGUGUCAGCCAGGAGGAGGAAGGGGUGAGUGGCAGCCAGGAGGAGGCUGGGCCGAGUGGCAGUCAGCUGGUGCCCAGGCCCAGCACUGUAUCACAGGUGCCUCCCCUCCAGAUGCGCCCACUGAGAAGAAAGAGGCACUGGAACCAGGUGGAGGAGGAGUCCCUGCAGCUCAUCAGGGAGGCAUCUGCACUAAUGCGGGCCCCCCUUAACCCAGUUGAGAGCUACAGCUCCUACCUCAACCACGAGCUGCAGGCUUUGGGGGAGGAACAACGGGGCCUGGCCAAAGGCAUCAUAGCAAAUGUGAUACAGUGGGCAAGAAGGGACCAGCUGACUCGGACCACAAUAUUGUGGGACCCGGCCGCAGCUCCUCCUCCCACAUUGUCACCACCCGCAAGGGGCCGUGGAAGAAACGCUGCAAGGCAGCCUGGAAGGAAGACCAGAAAGUGAUUCCCUGGCUUUAAACUGAUUUGGCCCCAAACUGAGGUUGUUGUAGUACCACAGCUUGGGGUCAUGUAUUACAUCUGCUGCUUCUGAUUUCUGGGAAUUGGGGAGCACAUUGUCCUGAUGUUGCUUUUGUUCUGGAUCAUGGUGAAAUGUGCCUUUGGUAUCCAAAGUCUGCAUAUAUUUGGCAGAUUGGGCAAGUGUUGCCCUUCAUGUUUUUGUUUUUAUUAU